AUGGAGGAGGCCCACGAUACGAUCCGCAGCCGCGCGACGACCUUCCGUUUCGACGAGGACGACGACGAGGAUGCAGAUACUCUCUCUAUCUCUUCGUCCACAUCCAGCUCUCGCCACACAUCCACACGCACACCAAGAUCAAAACCAAAAGCAAUGGAGAACUCCUCCUCCGUCAUCCGACACUCCGUUGCUGCGGCCAUGCGGGCUAUGGCGCUGCGAUGCCGUGUUUCGGCCCUCUCUCAUCCAGACAUCCACGGGCCAACCCGCACGCCCUCGAACGGCUACGUAGCCUCUAACAAGGGGCUUCAAGAACAGGUCACAUCCUGCAAUCACAAUCACAAUAACAACAACAAAAACAAACGUCGCAAAUAUACCAGGUUCGUCCCGAGCCGGAAACUGGGUUCGCUGGCGGAACAGACCAUGAGGACGCAGAUGGUUGGGUGA